GAUCAUUCUUACUUAAUAUUUUCCAAUCACGCUGUUUACUAAUAAUUAUUACUCAUUAGUCAUUAGUAGCUCCACGUGGAUUUUUGCACGUCCGUAUUUUACGUUGUGCGCAGUGGACAACUGCAUCUUUACCACUAAACGUCGCUGCUACUUCUUUACGAGAUACUCGUGCUGGAGAUUUACUGAAACGUGUCACCGACCACUGACGUACCUCAAAUUUCGAUUACCAAAAUAUGCAGGCAGCAGGCGAAACCUCGACGGCGUAUCGCCAAACUGAAAAAGGCGCCAAGAAGUCCAAAGAUAAAAAGAGACAGUCUAAAGAGUAUGAAGUGGACAAAAUAAUUUUCCAUGAAGUUUUAAGCCAUUCAACUGUUUAUCUGAUCAAAUGGAAACAUUGUGGUAUGGAACAAUGUACAUGGGAGCCAGAAGAAAAUUUGGAAAAAUGCGAGAAAAUCUUGUUAAAAUAUAAAACUGAAAAUUGUUUAUGAAAAAAAAAAAAAGAAGAAAAAAGUAUGCCAUCCCAUUUAUU